UUGUUUUACAUAAGGAUCAAACAUGGAGUCUGUUUUUCAUGAGAAACAAGAGGGGUCUCUAUGUGCCCAGCACUGCCUCAACAACCUGCUGCAGGGGGAGUACUUCAGCCCUGUGGAGCUGUCCUCCAUAGCACACCAGCUCGAUGAGGAGGAGCGCAUGAGGAUGGCAGAGGGAGGAGUGACCAGCCAAGAGUAUAGGACCUUCUUAGAGCAGCCUUCUGGAAACAUGGAUGACAGCGGGUUCUUUUCUAUUCAAGUUAUAAGCAAUGCUUUGGGAGUCUGGGGGCUGGAGCUGAUUCUCUUCAACAGCCCUGAGUAUCAGAGACUAAUGAUUGAAGCAGUAAACGAAAAAGCAUUUAUAUGCAACUACAAGGAACACUGGUUUACAGUUCGAAAACUUGGACAACAGUGGUUUAACUUGAAUUCUUUGCUGACUGGUCCAGAACUCAUCUCAGACACAUACCUUGCACUUUUCUUAGCACAGUUACAACAAGAAGGUUACUCGAUAUUUGUGAUCAGAGGAGAUCUUCCCGAUUGUGAAGCAGACCAGAUCCUGGGCAUUGUGAGGGUGGAGCAGACACAGAGACCAAAGUUGAUUGGAGAGGAGGCAGCUCAGUCCAGCAGUGGACAGAGUGUCCCCAUGGAGAGUGCUGUGGAAAUCAGCACAGGCUUCCAGACGGGCCCAGUAGAUGAGGAUGAGGAGAACCUGAGGAAGGCGCUGGCGCUCAGUCGACAGGACAUUGAGGUGGAAGAUGAAGAGGCUGACCUGCGCAGAGCCAUUCAGCUCAGUAUGCUGGGUGCUGUAGGAGGUAGUAGUCUUCCUGAUCCAAGAGACGGCAGCAUUGCACAUUCUUCAAGGUCCAUCCAGAAUGAAACUUUAACUGCAGAGGAACUGCGAAAAAGAAGACAGGCCUACUUUGAUAAACAGUCACAACAACAAGCACAACCUACCUCCCAACCACAGCCUCAGCCACUGUCUGAGCCCCAUCUCCUGCCCCAGCCCCAGCCCCAGCCCCAGCUCCAGGCACAGCAGGAAGACAAGGUCCCAAGUGAACAAGAAACAAUAACGGCUGCCUUAAACACAUCCCUCUGCACAGCAGAUGCCAAGACAAGUCACUUGAAUAUGGAGGACCCGAUAUGAGCCUGGGAUAUUAUCUCCAACGCCUGUCUUUCCAUAGCCAAAUCGUAGCAGCUGCUCUCCCAGCGAGCAAGUCAGGGAGAGGGAGGGGUAUGCAGCUGCAAGCCUGGACUGGGUUUGUAGUUUGUUGCAAGAUAAUAGGGACCAGUUUUUAUAGCAGUGGCUUGUUGUUCCACGUUCCAGGACGGCCUUCUACUGUAGCGCCUUUACUUUUUUUUUUUUUUCUUCUCUGGAGAAAAAGUUCAUAUCUUUCUGCAAGUGUAUAUAAACUAAACAGGGAGGUUAGGAGGAUUUGGGAUUACAGGUCAGCCCAUCAGAGGAAUUUUAGGUCCACAUAACUAUAAAUUAACACUAAAUGUUAAUAAGUGUAAAAAGAUAUUUUUAGAUCCUUGUGCUGCCAUAUGAUUGGGAAAACAACAGGUUUGCCAAAAGAGAGUGUUUAUUCCUUUUAAAACGCAGGUAGCAGUAAACUAUGCUAAUGGUCAAAUAUGCUAAUUUGUUUCAUGACUUUUAGCUAUGUGUUAACCCCAUUUGUUGAGUUCAUUAACACUGCACAACAAAGCCUUUUUCUUUCUUUCUUAUGUUAUUGUUCUAGGUGAUCCCUAAAACCAUUCUUCUGAAUUUAGUUUUUGAUCACUGUUUUGGAGUUUCCAUUAUGAAAUAGUAAAAAAAAAAAAAAAAAAACUGUACGUAUAAAUUCAAAGGACCCAGAAGAUACUGCUUUUUCUGCUAUUCCUUCUAUUUUCAUUAUCACUUAACAUUCAUAUUGGGACCACCACAUUAUGUGUACACUUUGAGGGAUUUUAUUCUUGCAUCUGCUCUGAUUCUGCAGAUAUCUUAAUAAUGUAUUAUAGAUAUUUAAGUUAUUGACAUUUUUUAAUACUGUGAUCUGAAUUUUGUCUGCAGCUAAAGCCCUUAUUAUUUGUCCCAUGAAUAAAGCACACUUUAUUUCCAAAGUGUAUAGUUUUCGUUUGGCCAUGAAAGUUUUGGUUGGAUUGUAAAUUAUGUGAAAAUAGGUCACUCAAGUCUGAUGCAUUAUUGAGUGAUUUCAGGAUUAGAUUCUGGCAAUUACGCAACUUCUGAAAUUGCUUUGGCAUAAGAGGGAAAUGCUGGGAAAAUGUAGCUUUAGUGGGAUUUGCUGUAUGUGGAGAGAUUAGGGAUGUCUAUUAAAACAAACUGCUCCUUAUACCCGGGACACUACUGUAAAUGAGAUGGAAUCAUCACAAAGGGCUUAUCUAGGUAAAAAUAAAAGGGCAAAAAUAUCACCAUAAAAGUGGAUUGUACUGUUCAUUUUGAGACUCACUUUUGACAUAUUUAUGCAUGCAUGACAUGUUUUUAAAGUAUUAACAAUAUACACGUGUCCAUGUGACAGCUUUCAGUUGUGUAGAAUUACCAAUUUGCCAUAUUUGAUCAAUGAUGCAUAUUUUAUUGACCAAUUAUAAGUGAGAACUGCUCAGAGGAUUGACAAGAAACUU